CUGCAUCCGAAAGGAGGAAGAUGGGGCUCCUUUUUCUUCUAAUAAUUUGCCAGUGUGCCAUAAACAGCAUCAAAACACACAGUGUUUCAAAGCCCAAUAUAAUUUUACUGAUGGCUGAUGAUCUUGGUAUUGGAGACCUGGGAUGUUACGGGAACAGAACCUUAAGAACCCCUAAUAUUGACAGGCUAGCAGAGGAAGGAGUGACACUUACUCAGCAUAUAGCAGCAUCCCCACUUUGUACUCCAAGCAGGGCAGCUUUCCUGACAGGGAGAUAUCCUAUAAGAUCAGGAAUGGCUGCCUUCUCACGAGUUGGUGUCUUCUUAUUUUCUGCCUCUUCUGGGGGACUUUCUUCUGAAGAAAUAACUUUUUCCAAACUCCUGAAGCAGAAAGGUUAUGCAACAGCUCUAAUAGGAAAGUGGCAUCUUGGGAUGAACUGUGAAAGCAAUAAUGACUUCUGUCACCACCCCCUCAGUCAUGGAUUUGAUUACUUUUAUGGCCUUCCCGUGACCAAUUUUAGAGACUGCAAACCUGGCCAAGGCAGUGUAUUUUUAAAAGGUGUUCAGAAAGACCUUGUCAUCCCAGUCCAAAUCACUGGAAUCGCCCUUGUGUCUUUGGCAGUAGUGCAGUACAUUGGCCUUCUCAAAGUACCCUUCCAAGCUCUGAGUUACUUCUUGUUAAUAAUCACAAUUUCACUUGUGGUUUUGAUUUUUUUCUUCUAUCAAUUUCGACAACUAAACUGCUUUUUAAUGAGGGACCAUCAGAUUAUCCAGCAGCCACUGUCCUAUGAGAACCUUACUCAGAGACUGACAAAAGAAGCCAUGAAGUUUAUUGAAAGGAACACUGAUACACCAUUUCUUCUUUUCCUGUCUUAUCUUCAUGUCCAUACUGCUCUAUAUGCUUCAGAAAAUUUCCAAGGAAAGAGCAAGCAUGGUUUAUAUGGUGAUGCAGUGGAGGAAAUGGACUGGAGUGUAGGGCAAGUUCUGGAUGUGCUGGAGAAGCAUAAUCUGAAUGACAAAACUCUUGUAUACUUUACAUCUGACCAAGGGGCUCAUGUUGAAGAAAUCUCCAGUGCUGGAGAAGUCCAUGGAGGAUACAAUGGCAUAUAUAAAGGUGGAAAAUCAACAAACUGGGAAGGAGGCAUUCGUGUGCCAGGUCUUCUCCGUUGGCCCGGCGUGGUGCUGGCUGGUGCCUAUAUUGAUGAGCCAACCAGUAACAUGGAUAUAUUUCCUACCAUUGUUAAACUUGCAGAUGCACAGCUACCCUCUGACAGGAUUAUUGAUGGACAUGAUCUGCUACCUUUACUUCAAGGAGAAGUUACUCAAUCUAAGCAUGAAUUUCUCUUCCAUUACUGCAAUGCAUAUUUAAAUGCAGUACGCUGGCAUCCAGGAAACAGUGAAUCUAUCUGGAAGGUCUUCUUCUUCACUCCCAACUUCAGUCCUGAGGACUCCAAUGGUUGCUAUGAUUCUCACGUUUGCUUCUGCCAUGGAGGAUUCAUUACACGACAUGAUCCUCCACUGCUCUUCGAUCUGUCCAGAGACCCUGAAGAGAGAGUGCCACUGACUCCAGAAACUGAGAGCCGUUUCUAUGAAAUCAUCAGGGUCAUACAACAAGCAGUAGACAACCACACCAAAUCCCUGCAUGCUGUUCCUAACCAGCUGUCAUGGGACAACCUUCUCUGGAAGCCAUGGCUCCAGCUCUGCUGCUCAUCUCUCUUUCAGUCUUGUUACUGUGACUAUGAAUCAGGAGGGGGUUCGCUGCAGGUGCAUUUGGGAUAAAUAAGCUGCAAUUCCCUUUCAGAAACUGGACCAGCUGAGUGUGCAAGAAUUCUUUGUUCUGCUAGGCACAACAGCUGUUCUGUGCUGCUUGAUCAAAUAUCAAAAAUGAUGACUUUUCUACUGCUCUGAUUUCUUCUUGCCUGAAUAUGAUGUUUCUCUCAUACCCCCCUUGGCUUUUGAUGCCAUCUUUCUAAUCUCCUUUCUUAAAACAUCCACACCCCUGAAAUAUUUUUCCAUCUAUUUCUUUACCACUCAGUCCUUCUGUUUGCUUGUCAUAUUGAUUGUAAUGGCUAUGUUGCCUUAAUCAAUCAGAAAAUUUAAAGUUGUCUUUGUCAUAAAAUUUGACUCGUAAGGCUCCUUGACUCUGCUAACCUCCUGGUUAUUUAAGAUCCAACAGGAAUGAACUUUGCAUUAUGAAAUAUAAGGAAUAAAAACAUACCUGAGAUGUUGUUUAAUAUAAAUAAUAUAAAAUAUUUCUUGUUUGUGGCACAAACUUAAUAUUUUACAAAAUAUAAUUUAGUACAAUGUUUAAUACUUUGACAUAAGCAAUAAAAUCUGAAAUCCAUUCUUAAAAUUAUUCCUUCAAGAAAGAUUCUGUGAAGAACAGGGAAGUAUUUUUCGUAUUCUUUGUUAAUACCAUUUCAUUUAAUACCUAAAAUAAACCUUCCUUGUAUUGCAAAUGUAUUAUAUUUUUCAGUACUAUACCUUCUGUUCUGGAGAUGGCGUGUCAGAUCAGGGUAAUUAAAGUAGUCUUGUUUAUCUGCAAAAUAAAAUGUGAAGGACAAUAUAA